AAAUAUGGGAGCUGUCUUUGACAGCUUGCUCACUGUGCUGGGAGUGCACACCAAGCCUACUCUCAGGACAGAAACCCCUGCCACCCAUGACUGCAUAUAUGGAUGCACUGAGCAGGUUAGAUCAGGGGCGGACUGACAACUCAUGGGGCCCCCGGGCAAUAGGGGAUCAUGGGGCCCCUGUGUCCUUGCCCAAACUCAAAAAAGCCUAUGAAAAAGGUACCAGGGGCAUCUCAUGGGGCCCCCUACUGACCCCAGGGCCCUUGGGCAGU